AUGUUCAACGACGAUAUAAAAAAUAUUUAUAUAAAAAAUCACAUCAAGAAAAUAUAUAUUGUAAAAAGACACAAUGAAAAUAUCAAUACCGAAGAAAAGAAGAGUAGCAUUCUUUACAAAAAAUUUGAUGAUUUUAUAUCUAUCCUAGUAAACAUAAGAAAACAUGACAAUCUUUUAAAAAAAAUAAAAGCCAAUAUAAAUGAUUCAGAAUCUUCUAAAAUAUUAUUGGAUUAUCUAGAUUUUUAUGUCAAAAACUUCGGUUAUAAAUUCCAUUCCUUUAUUAUAGAAUAUAAAAAUGAUUCUUCAAAUGGUGACAUAAAUAAUUGUUAUGCUACAAGUAAAUUAUGUAAAAAUGACAUUGAAAGAAUUAUAAAAAAUUCGUAUUCUCGAGUUUUGUAUAAAUAUGAUGGCAUAAAAUAUUUAUUGCAUUAUAUAAAAAAGCAUACAUUAUCAUUCGAAAAUGUUAACCCUCAUUUUAUGAAAUUAUUAAGCAAAUAUUUGUAUGUUUCAUUAAAUCCAUUGAACUUGCUUAUUUUUGUAUAUUUAAAGAUUUAUAAAAAUGGAACUAAAAAUAGUAUGGAAUUUCCAGAAGACAAUGCGAAACAACAUAAUGACACAGUCAUAAUUCAAGAGAAUAAUACAAAUAGGAGUGAUUCAUUAGUUGAAAAAAAAGAUAUACAUCAAAUAAAUAAUAAUUUAAACGGAACGAACAAUUAUAUCGAAGAUAGUGAGUUUUUUUGUAACGAGUUAUUUUCCUACAUGUGUUCAUAUGGAGAAUACAUUAUAAAACGUACAAUAAUAAGUUGCUACAAUGAAAUAUAUAAUAAUCAUAAACAUGUAAGAGGGAAAUUAAAAGUAUAUAAAUGGACAAAAAAUUAUAUUGAAAAUUAUAUAAUAGGUAAAUUAUGUUCACAUUAUUAUUUUCUAAAUGGUCAAGUGAAUAACGGUAUUAAUAAAUAUAUUUAUAAUGCAUAUGCAAAUAAUUUAAAUGAAUAUAUUAAGAAGUAUAAAAUAUUUACAGAAUUUAGUAGUGGUUUUAAAAAUAUUAAUAUGUCAAAUAGAAAGUUUUCAUAUAUAUAUGAAUUAAUUUUAUUUUUAUAUUUUUCAAAAAAAUGCUUAUAUCAUUUAAAUGAUAAUAUUAAUUUUGUCUAUCAACUAUCUCUUUAUGUUUUAUAUAAAUCUAUAAAAAUGAUUAUUACGUAUUUAUAUUUUAAUUUGCCAGAAUAUAUGUGUCAUUAUUUUUUGAAUAUCUAUAUAAUGUUUUUUAAAAAAAAAAGGGGAAAUAUGUCAUAUAUAAUGAAAAAGAUGAAAAAAAAUUACAGAAACAUUAUGAUCCAUGUUAAUAAGCAAAAUAAGUCAUAUAUCAGAGCAAAACUGUGUAAUUCAUUCAUAAAGAGCCGAACAAGCAAUGGUAAUAUUGCCACCAACUUUAGCAAUACCGAUGGUGGAAAUAAUAAUGAUGAAGAGAAUGGAAAAAAGGAAAUAAACGGAAGCACGAACAUAAAAAUAUUGGAAAUUAUCAAAACUAAACUCCAAAGGUCUGAAAAUAAAAGAAUAAAAAAAGCAUUAAGUCUUACAUAUUUUGAUAUAAAUAGUUAUGAUAAAAGAAAAGACAAAAUAGAGGGAUAUCAAUUAAACAAAUUUUUAAAGUUUCAUUCACAUGGAUCUAUUAUACAACUGAAAUAUAACAAUGAAGAGCGACUUCGAAAAAAAGAGAGAGAAAAGAAAAAAAAUAUGCCCCAAAAAAAUGAACAAGAAGAAAAUAAAAUUAUCACAGAAAUUGACAAAUUAGACAUCAAAACAAAAAAUCAAAUAAAUGGAUUGAUAUAUCCAAAUAAGUUUGAAAUUAUAAAAAGAUAUUCAUUAUUAUAUAAUAUGUAUUACAAAAGAAAUUAUGGCACAAUUAAUAAUCCGCUAAAAAAUAUUUCUUUAAAUGUAAAUACUAUACACAAAGGAGAGAAGGAAAAAAAAAAUGAGAAUACAAAAAGUAAAGCUGAAAAUAAGAACAAAAACACAAAUGAUUUAGCAAAUGAUAAAGGUGGUGUAUACAAAAAUAAAAGUAAUAUAAUUUAUAACAAGAAAAAUAUUCGUAGUCCAAAAGUAGCAAAUACAGUUUUUAAAUCGAUAUUUGGAAACAUUUUUAAGCAAAAUGAACAUUUUAUAUGUAAUAUAAAUAUGGGUAAUAUAUCCCAUGAGAAUGGUCAAAAUAAAUUAGAUACUUGUGUAGAUGAAAAUCAAAAAAAUAAUAAAAACGAAGAUACACAAAAAUUACAAAAACAUAUUGAUGGUCCCGUUAAUACCGAUUUAAAUGAUUCCGAAAUUAUUUUAAAUGAAAAAGAAAACAUGGAUAUUUCUUUUCCAAAUGAUGUAAUCCAAUCUAAUGAUAAAUUAGACGAAACCCAACUAAAAGACCAAAUUGAUAAUGAAAAUGUCGUAAUAAAUGAGAACCAUAACGAAGAAAAAGAAAAUGAAUUGGAAAACCAAGCAAUAAAAAAGGAUCGUGUGGGGGAUGAACUGAAAAAAGAAGAUCUUUCACUUGAUGUCCCUACAAAAUUGGAUGCGAUAAAAUAUGAAAUAAUAAACGAUGAUGAAGAUGAUGUGAUUUUAAUCGACGAUGUUGUGAAAGAUGAUCCAAUAAAGACACAAGUAAAUACGACAUGCCUUAAUAACAAUGAAAAUAUUAUAAAUGAUAAUAAUUGCGAAAAAGAGAUUGAAAAAGAUACACAAAAAGAAAGUAGUGAUCAUAUUGUAAAUGCAAAUAAUAAAGAAAAACAUUUUAAAACUGUUUCAAAGAAAAAUAUAUAUUACGUUAGUGAAACCAGUAGUUCUGAUGACUCGACAGAUGAUGAAGACUAUGUUAUUGGGCAGAAUCGAUCAAAAAAAAAAAAAAACAAACGCAAAAAAAAAAAUAAAAAAAAUGGAUCUAAAUCAGCCCAAAAGGGGAAAAAUAAAUCAUCUGAAUUCGAAAAAGGAAAGGAAAAGGAAGAUGAAACAAACCACAGAAGAAGCAAAAGAUUAAUGAACACCUCAAAAUGUGCCUAUUAUAUUUCUUAUACUUCAAAAGAAUCGAAGCUAAGUAAUUCUAAUAGAAGUUCAAAAAUGGGGGAAUCGACAAUAAAAGUACGCGAAAAAAAAGAGAAGGACGUUAAAGAAACAGACAAGUAUGUGAAGAAAACAAACGAAUUAAAAGAAUCGAAUGAAAAUGAUCAGGAAUUAAAAGAGAAAGAAAAAAUCGUUAAUACCGAAAAACUGAGUGAAAACAAAUUUGAAACUAGUAAUAAAAGUAGUGAUAUAAAUGAUGAAGAAAAUAAUAAAGAUGAUGAAAGAAAAAAUAUAAUAGAAUUUAACUGUAUUUUUAGCCAUGAUAAUAAUGAUAUAGAAAGCAGUAAUAAAAAUAUUAUGGAUAGUACAAAUAUAGAAGAAGAUAAUGAUGAGAAAGGUGAAACAAAAGACACUGAAAAAAACACGAAGGAAAAUAUUGAUGGGGAUGAAAAAAAUAAAAAUUCCCUUAAAAUAAAAAAUAGCAAAAACUUAAUAUUCGAUUUGUCGCUUAGUGAUAGCGAACACGAUAUUCUAUUGGUAGAUACAAGAAGUAAUAAAAAGAAGGAUCAAAAUUUUUACGAAAUAAAAGAAACAAAUAUUUCAAUAUCAGAUGAUGAAAAUGUUAAUAACAAUAAAAAUUCUCCAGUAAAAGUAAACGAUUAUUUAGUCGUUAAUAAAAAUAAUAUUAAAAUUUGUAAUGAUGAUAAUGAUAUAGAUAUGAAAAGACGAAAGACAGAAUAUAUACGAUUACAAGGUGACUAUGAUAUAAUAAAUGAAAAAAAUAUAGAAAUAUAUAGAGAAAGUAAAGAACAAGAAAACCCAUUUUUAGAUACAUGUGAAGCAUAUAUAAAUGAAAAAGUAGAAGAUAAUAAAAAAAUAGAAGUACAAACUGAUGUAAAAUUGAUUGUUAUAUAUUUAUUUAAUCAUUUUAUUGUAGGAGCUAUUAAUUUAAUCAAUCCAUAUAAUAUUGCUGAAAAGGAAAGAUAUAAUUAUUUUACGCAAAUUCAAUCAAAUAUUAAUGAUAUAAAUCAUACACAAAUAUACAAAUACAAUUAUAAUAGUAAUCAUAGUAGUAAUACAAUUUUUACAAAUUUUGAAAUCCAAGGGACUUUAAAAAAAAAUACAGAAAUACAUUUAUUAAGUAUAAAAAAUGAAAAACGAGUACUAACUAUUUUAACAAAACAUGGUAAAGGCAUAAAUGGUUGUAUAUAUAAAUGUUUAGUGAAUGGGAAGUUAAUGGCUUGUAAAAUUCAAAAAAAAUUAUAUCUAGCCAAAAAAGAAAUAUAUUUUUCUUAUAUAUUAAAAACAAGACGAUCUAAUAAACUAAUGAAAUAUGCAAAGCAAAAUACUUUAAUUCGGCACAAUAAAAAUGAUGGAAAUAAAAAUAUUUUUUAUGAAGUUCUUAAAGAGCACGAAAUUAGAUAUAUAUUUCCUGACGAAUUGCAUUAUAAAGUAGUUGAUAUUCAAAAAGGAAAUAGUAAGUAUACAAAACUUUUACAAUCUUAUUACAGAACUAAUAAUAACGAAGUUAAUGAUAUUGAAGUUGGAAAUUCUCUGUUACUUAUGAAUACAUUCAAAAAUGUGAAAACAGUAAACGAUAUUAUAAAUUAUUUUAUAAAAAAAAAUUAUAAUGCUAUAAAUGAAGAAUUUAUUUUAUUUAUUGUAUAUCAAAUGGUAGUUGCUGUGUUGCAAUUGCAUCUAUUAGAUGUUGUACAUGGAGACAUUAAAAUCGAUAAUAUUUUAGUAUCAAAAGAUGAUAACCCAAAAAGUGAGGGAAAAGAUAAUGAAGCAAAUGAAAGCAAAUUUAAGGAAAUUAAUUCUAUGAGAAAUAAAACAGGCCCCAAAAAAGAAACGACUCAUUCAGACAAAUUUGAUUCUAAAAGUAGUUAUAAUAAUGAAGGAAAAAUUAAAAAGAAAAAAAAUAAAUCUACCGAAUUUUCUCAAAUAAAUGCAGGAAAAAUAAUUGAUUGUUUUUUAAACUCCGAAUUAAAUAAAGAUAGUGAUAAAUCCUUUCUAAAAAAAAAAUUUCCUGUAAAUUUGUUUUUAGUAGAUAUUGGACGAGGGAUUGAUAUGAAAAAUUUUAAAAAAUAUCUUUUUUAUGGUGAUAAAUAUUGUGAUUGUUAUAAUUUUUUAACAGAUUCAAUAUUUACUUAUCAUAUUGAUUUUAUAGGAAUAGCUCAAGUAGCUAGCUGUUUAUUAUUCUAUAAACAUAUAGGAAAUACAAAAUAUAAGUAUGAAAAUAAAAUAGAAGAUAAAACAACUAUAUCUGUUAACAAUUUUGACAUAACAUAUAUGACACAUAAUUCACAUUUUCUCAAAACUAACAUUAAUAGAAAUAAUGAUUAUGCGACAAAAAUUAGUAAAAGUCGAUAUAAAGAAUUAGAAAAUUUUAUAAAAAUAAAAGAAAAAAUGUAUAAAGAAAAUAACCAAUUAAAUGAUAAAAAUAAAUCAACUAUAUUACUACAUAACAGUUUUAAAUACGAUGCUACUUUGGGAACUAAACUUCGAGAAAAAAAUUAUAUUUCUAAUAGUGCUAUUAAAAGAAAAAGGAGUUCAAAUGAGAAUGAAAAUAUUGCUAAUAAAAAAAUUAAUUGUGAAAAUGAUAAUUGUAAAAAACAAAAUUGCAAAGAUAACAAUUUAAAAAAAAAAGACCAAAAUAAUGUAGAAAAUUUGGAUGAUAUUUAUUUCAUGGAUUAUUUUCGAAUUUUCCCAAUAGAUAAAAAAAUAAAUGAAAAAAUUAGCAGCUAUUUUAAUCAAAUUAAAAAACAGGGAGAUAGCUAUUUUGUAGAAAAAGCUGAAAAAAAAAUAAAAAGUUUUUAUGUAAAAUUAUUAUUAAAUAAAAAAAAAUAUGCACAUUUUUGGGAAAUAUUUUUUCAUGUAUUAUUAAAUUUUUGUAAUGUAUAUGAAUUGGAUAAUAUAAAAUAUAAUUCUAAUGACAUUAAUUCGAUAAAUGAAGAAAUUAACAUAAUUUCCAACAAAAAAAUUAUUAACAAAGAAAAUAAUUAUUAUUUUGAUUUUGAAAAAAAAAACUGGAAUGAAAUCGACUAUAAAAAGGACAAAUCAUUUGAUACUUUUAAUCAUGAUAAAAGUAAAAAAUAUGAAAAUUUGGGUAGCGAUAAUAUUAUGAUUUCUCAGGAUAAUGAAGGUAUCAAAAAUAAACUUAAUAAAAAUACAAAGUUAUUUAACUUAAAUGCAAACAAAAUUAACAAUACAAUUGAUAUAUGCACUAAAGACACCGCCUCAAACAAUGGAAAUAGUGAUGUGAAAUCUUCUUUUUGCAAUAUAAUAAAUAAUACAGAAGGAAAAAAUAAAAUUAAGAAUAAUAGCCAUGAUUUCCAUGAUAAUACAAAGGAUAACAUAUAUAGUGAUAAAGCACCAAACACUUCAAAAAAUAACCCAUUGAAUGAGCGAAAUAAAAAAUUAAGCGAUAAAAAUAACAAGGUUGGACUUAAUCAAAAUGUCAUAAAUAAUGAUGGGAUUAAAAGUAAAAAAAAUGAUGGUAAUAAUAAUAAUAUAACAGAUUUAAAGAAAGAAAAUAAAAAUAACAAUUCUACUACUACAAACAAUAAAUAUUUUUUUAUAAAAAAUUCUAUUUCGAAUCUUAAAGUAAUAAAAAAAACUGCUCAUAAUAAUAAGAAUAAUAUUGAAAAAAAUAAUACAAUAAAUGAGCUUCAAAAUAAAGUAUACAAUUCUAUUGGUAAAGACAUCGCAAAUAAUAAAAGGAAAUUUUAUUUUUUUGAAAAUGAACAAAAUAAAAGGAAAUGUAGAAAAUUAAAUGAUAAGAAACUUUACCAUAACCAACGUAAUAACAUUGAUACUAAAAAAUCGACAAGAUAUAUCAACAAACUUUUGAAAAAAAAAGCUAUAAUUACACUUGUAACCAUAAAAAAAACUAUUGAAAACAUAUUUGAAAACAUAGAAUCUCAAGACAUUUUGCAUAAGGAGCUUGAUUUCAUAUCCACUAUUAUCUAA